AAAAACAACAUAACUUGAAAUUAUGUUUAAAUUUUUAACUAGUGCUGCACUAGUAGUAGUAGUAGUGGCCGUUAAUCUGGCCAACUGUUCCCGUUUGUCGCCAUUGUUCAGCCGUAAUGCUGGUGGUGGUGUUGGUGGUGGUGGCCGUAUAGUUGGUGGACGACCAGCUAAGUUAGGUGAGGCACCCUGGCAGAUAUCGUUGGUCAGUAAGGGCUGGUUCGGGUGGAGUCAUAUAUGCGGCGGUUCGCUGGUCGGCAAGCGGUCAGUUGUAACGGCUGCCCAUUGUGUUGACGGUGCCCAGCCGACUACAUUGCAAGUAAAAUACGGUGGCUUGGAUAGGACCCAACUGGCCGUUACCCAGUUGGUUACUGAAAUCGUAAUGCAUCCCGACUGGGAUACCAGUGCUAUCGACUACGAUUACGCUGUACUAACAUUGGACGGUGAUAUCCAAACAAAUGCGGAUAGCGUACAAACUAUUCAACUCAUAGAUCGGGCACCUGUAUCGGGCGAUGAUAGGGCACAGUUGACCGGCUGGGGUAAUACAGUCGGAGGUACCAGUAGUUCACCGGUUGACCUACAGUAUGCCGAGUUCAGGGUAGUGGAUAGGGAGACAUGUCAACAACAAUGGGACAGUACUUAUCCGGAAUAUGGCCAGAAAAUUACCGAACGUAUUGUUUGUGCCGGUGCUCCGGCAUCAUCGGGUUGUCAUGGUGAUUCUGGCGGACCGUUUGUCAUCGACCAGAAGUUGGCCGGUAUUGUAUCGUUUGGUUCACCUAAAUGUUUACAGGAUACUACUAAAAUAGCAUCUGGCUAUGCUAAUGUAUACGAUCAACUUGAUUGGCUUAAUAGCAAAAUUGUCAAUUAA